GUCACGUUCGCAACGUUCCAUCUUCACGAGAACGAACGGAUUCUGCCCAUCUCUUUCUCUCUCUCUUUCUUUCGCAGUCGUCCAUCGUCGGCGAGUUACGGUCGGAACAUUGGGGUUGGGAUCGCGAUCCUCCAGGACGGGGAAAAAAUAUCCUGUGACGCAAUUCGAACGUCGCGCGCGCGCGCAUUGUCCCCCGCGAUCGUCGGCGUGGUGAGUGAAAAAAAAAAAAGUACCAUCGGGCGAGGAAAUCGCAGCGGUGGACACGACCGACGGCUGCUUACCGUGCUUGACCUUUUUUUUAUGUAAAAACCGCUGGCAACUGGUCGCGAUCAUCUCGCGAUGUCCGUAGUGGCCACGAACGUGCGAUUGUUAUCGUUUCACCGGCAGCAGCAGCAACGACGACGACGACUCGAUACCGCGGCACCGGCAGCGAGCAAGAUGGCGAUCGCAUCAAGAGUCGCGCUCCGCUCAGCUCUCGGCGGAUAAUGACGUCGCGACGGCGUUGGCCGGCUGGCAAAUCGACUACGUAUCGACGACGCAAAUUACGCCCGAGAUGUACGCCCGAUGACGAGCCCGAGUGCGAUUAUAAUGCGCGUGAAAUAACGAACGCGGUGCCCCAUCGGUGGCAUCAGCCAAGGAAGUGCAGCCACUGCGAGACGCGCCUGCCGCAGAUUCGUCGGCCAUCGCCGAAUCCGGUUCGCUCCCCCUCAAGUUUGAAUUCCGUAACGGUCGUACCCCAGUCCACCCGAUCGGUACCUACUGCGCCAUACACCCACAACUGGAUCACGAUGGAGGACGCGAACGAUGUCUUGGUUAGCGCGGCCGAAUUCAUAAAAGAUCGCUUGUACUUUGUAACACUAAGAACAACGAUGAAACCAAAAAGUACUCCGAACACUCACUAUUUCUGUAUCGACAAUGAGUUGGUGUAUGAAAAUUUUUACGCUGAUUUCGGCCCCUUAAAUCUAGCCAUGCUGUACAGAUACUGCCAAAAGGUUAACAAGAAAUUAAAGGGUAUCGCACUCAGCAAGAAGAAACUCGUGCAUUACACAACGCUGGAUUCGGAAAAGAGAGUGAACGCUGCGUUUCUCAUUGGAUGUUACGCGAUAUUGUACUGCAAACGUACGGCGCAGGAAGUUUACGAGUGUUUGACUAAGAGCCCGAAUAAUCCUGGAUUCAUUAUGUUCCGUGAUGCCUCCAUUGGACCACCAUGUUACCAGAUAUCAUUAAGCGAUUGUCUAAGUGCUAUAUACAAGUGCCAUCAACUUGGUUUCUUUAAUUUUGAGGAUUUCUGCGUGAAAGAGUACGAGCAUUUUGAAAGGGUCGAGAACGGAGACCUAAAUUGGAUCGUACCCGGGAAAUUCAUUGCUUUCUGUGGUCCGCACGCAAGAUCUAAAGUCGAAGAUGGUUAUCCACUGCACGGUCCGGAGUCGUACUUCACGUAUUUCCGCCGUAACAACGUAACGACGAUCGUACGGCUCAACAAGAAGAUCUAUGACGCCGCGAGCUUCACCGACGCGGGCUUCAAUCACAAAGAUUUAUUUUUCGUGGACGGCUCCACGCCGACGGACUCGAUAAUGCAUCAGUUCCUUAAAAUAUCGGAAAACGCGAGCGGCGCGGUCGCCGUGCAUUGUAAAGCGGGUCUCGGGAGAACCGGCUCACUGAUUGGUUGCUAUAUUAUGAAGCAUUACCAUUUGACAGCUCAUGAAACGAUCGCUUGGAUAAGGAUAUGUAGGCCAGGCUCUGUCAUCGGACACCAGCAACAAUGGCUGGAAAAAAAAGAGGCGUAUCUUCGUUCACUGCUGAAGGAUCCGUUGCAGCCCGUAAAUGGAAACCCCGAGUAUGGAAUAUACUCGAUAAUUAGCAAACCCAGAACGGCUUCCUGGGGUAAUAUGAAAAGUCUCGUGGAGGACAACGUGUCGGGGAUAAUGCAUCGUGUGGACGGAAUAAAAUUGGAUGACCCAGCCCCGGUAGCCGGAGCCAGUGCGACGACCAGAUACAGCACACUGACUCAGGGUGACAAAUUGUGCAGGAUUAAAGCUAAGAGAAGAGGCAUACCGACGGCCCAGACCUCUCUCAGUACAUCCACAGGGACGUCCGCUGUCGUACACCCUUAUUUGGGACCUUUAUUGCAAACCAGGAGUCAAAAGGGAACGAUUGCCGUUCUAGCGGGAAAUAAAGAGAGAGAUCCUACCAAGAGGCUCCUAUCACGAGCUACUGCGACAGCAGUUGUGAAAAGAAACAGUUGGUUGGUCGGCAGUAGCUGUGAUCCAUCUUCCUGCCGUAUUAGGUCUAAGCCAGCAACACAGAGCCAUAAUAUCAACAACAAUACAACCACCACUACUCCCGUUACAUCUUUAACCGUAUCAAAGCCAGUGAGAAGGGCGAAACGUACUUCCUGCAUGGCACAGGCCCAUACUACAAACUCGUCCGCAAAUCAUUCGGUACCGCAGCCACAGCAAGGCAUGAAUAUGAUCCUCAGGUCGGCAGACCGAAUUACCCGCUAUUCACUCAGGCAUGGCGUUGGGGAGGACUGUCAGGUAACUGGAGCAUCUCACCAGCGCCGAAGAUCUCAUCGCUUAAACCCCAUCAUUCAAUAAAAGCACUUCACUGAUCUCCAAUCGAUCCUCCUUCAACUUGAACAACUUUUGCCCAGGCUUUUUAUCACCAUCAACGAAGGUCAAACUGCAUCUACAGUCAUCAACAUACAUUUUAAUAUGGUUUGUCACACCUGGAGUCUGGAUGGGAACCAACGCAACGCGGCGUGUCGCCGAAGAGUAACCAAGAUUGGAUGCAAUUAUAGCAUCCAAGGCAUUCUUUCUACCGUGAUCGUCUAACGUCUUUCAAUCCGCUUUCUUUCGUCUCCCUUUCGCAAAUUUCCGAGCGCACCGCGUUUAUUUCGCAUCUCGUCCAGACUCUAGUCACAUAUCUAUACAUCAUGGGAUAUGAAAAUCUGUUGCAAUAAUACCUAAUAUAUAUAUACAUAUAUAUAUCCUAUGCAGCUUUUAAUUAUUCUUCCAUGCUAAAGUUCGAUGCGUCAUUGUGUCUGCAACAGGGAAAUCAGACUUUCGUUAAUAUCAUCUUUUUCAUUCUAACAUUUUGCUGGCCAGAAAAGAAGCAUUACAAAUGUGUACUUUUUUUCCAAAUCAUAUUGAUUUGCACAUAAUUUUGCAUAGUGAUGCGUUUUUAAAUUUUGCUGAAGGGUUCAUUUAACGCUCGUACGUGUAUUUUUUUUCGAAGUAUAUACGUAAAAUGUAAGUAUGGACUUACAUUUUGCGAUGACACAGCCGAAAAAAUACUUUUUCCUUCCUGUUUAUACCUUUAUCUGUUAGAGAGAAAUUUUUCUGAGGAAUUACGCUGAUUACCUUCAUUAUUCCAAGAGAGUGAUGAAUAAUGGUUUUCCUACCAUCGCAGCCACAAUAAUUAAUAGUAGAAUUGUAAAGAAUAGAGAAUCCGUAUGGGUUCGAAUUUUGAAGGAAUCGACUUUGACUCAUCUUUUAGAUGAUUAAAGGGAAGUAUAAGGAUACAAUUCAAUGUAAGGCCUCAAAAUUUAAAUUUGUUACAUCUUUUUUUUAUUGUGAUAUUAUGCAAGUUUUUAUAUAUUUAUAUAUAAGAAACUCUUAUUGUUGCGAAAAGAAUUAUUGCGAAUUGGAAUUGGAUAGUUAGCGAAAAAGAUUUAUUUAACAUGAUUAUGGUAUAUAAUAACGUGUAGGAAUGUAUAUUAAAGGAGUAUAAAUGUUCCGGUCAGUUUAAAGCAAUGUUAAAGACCUCGAUACACUGUAAUUUAUGGCACCUGUUGAGAAAGUUAUUUUUAUUGCUUUGAACGUAGACAAAUGCAGCAGGAAAAGAAACUUGCAAAGCCCAAUACAUAUAUACAUACAUACAUACAUACAUACAUAUAUANUGUGUGUGUGUGUGUGUGUGUGUGUAUGUGUAUGUGCAGUUUAUACAACUAAUGUAGCAUACUUUGCAAGAGAUGUUAUUCGAUGAAAAAUAUAUCUCUCGCUAACCUCCAUUAAAAAUCAUUAGAAAUGUAGAGCAUAUUUGUACAUUUUUUUAUUUAAUCGAAGUAACAUAGGUUUGUAGAUUUUACAAAUGCGAUGCGACUACGCAUGAAUUUGUUACUGCGCUAAUUAUAUCAUAUACAUAUUAUCCUUUAACAAAUAAUUGCAAUCUUGAUUGUAGUAACAAUUUAUUGAAGAGAAAAUUUUAAUAUGUAUCGAAUGUAUUCGGGUUACCUUCGGGUCUUUUUGUACAUCAAGAAGAGUUCACUUGAAUAAUUUACAAGGACACGUCCGUGUCCUCACGGUUAUUUCAGCAUAAAACAUAUCAAGAGAUGCGAUGAAAUGUAAUAAUAAUGCAAAUUGUGUACUGUAUACAUAAAAACUUCUCAGAAUUGAGUUUUGAGAAAAAAAUCAAAUAAAAUUUUAACAUUUUACAUUUAAAGAAGAAAACGAAAUCAAGAGACCAGUAAAUAAUAUUUCGUCAUGUAAUACAAAUUGACCUGAAGGUGAAAACAACAGCAUAAUAAAUAUUCUGAUGUAGUAAUGUGUAAAUUGUACAUAGAAGUAUAAGUCGAUUAUUUGGAAUACCGUUAAGUACAACUAAGCUCUUAAAACUUAAAACUAAAACUAAGUUGUUACUCUUACGAGUACCCUGGCUUUUUGUACAUAUUAAGUUACUCUUUAACAGCUUUGAAGAAAAAAAUUACACUUCUUGACACACUGAUACAUAACAGAAUACAUAGUACUUUAGUGCGUUGCUUUUACAAAGCAGUAUUUUUAUUUAUAUCUUACAUCUACAAAUAUAUAUAUAUAUCAUUUAUUUAAUGAUAUAUCAAAGUGCGCCAGUCGCUUAUUAGAUGUACAGUCAUGAGAUGUAAUAAUUGUAAUAUACAAAUGAAGACAAUUUAUUUAAAAAAAAAAAAAAAAAAAAAAA